UGCUGUCCAUCGCUCUUAAGAAAACUCCAAACUACAUCACCACAAGAAGUUUUAAAGAACUAUAGAGGUGAACAAUUCAGCAAUGAUAUUGCUCAUAUCCCUUGGAACACCGUGGGAUGUGUGAUGGAGUCAGUUGACGGGAAAGUGAACGCUUUUAAUGACCUAUUUCUGACUUGCUUAGAUAACCACGCACCAAUAAAAACAGUAAAAUUGAAGCGUAAACCAAACCCAUCCAUCACUUCUGAAGAUUGCUUGAGUGAUAAACCUGGUAAACUACUAAUUACAAAACAAGUUGAUCCGUCAGGUCCUCCACUAGUAAACCCUCCCACGCAAAAUCCACUAGCACUUCUUGAACUAGCACGAGAGAAGCUCACAAAGAUGGUGGAAGAAGAUAGGAAUAUUGGUAAAGAAAAGGCACAAACGCCCUAGGUUUCAUCUAUGCUAGUGACUGACAAACGAUUCAGAAGGCUCCCUUUUGGUAUUUUUCCUGCUCCUGAAGUCUACUAAAGGAAAAUAAAACUAUAGGGUUCCUAGCUGUAGAGAUUAUAGUGGAUAAUUUCUUGAUACAUGGUGAAGAUCAAACAGCUGCCGAUCAGAAGUUGAGAAGAUUACUGGAUAGGAACAAAAAAGUAGGAUUGAUGUUCAACCCCAAAAAUUGAAACUUCGGGUUCUUGUCGUUAACUAUUAACCAUUUUUAUUUGUUUUUAUGUCUACAACACUCCCAUUUACACACACCCUCCCUCCCCACCUUUCACACUAUUUAGUGGAGACUUGAGAACCCUUUCAUUAGGGAUUCCAUACUACACCUGUAAUGCCACAAAGGUUGCUAGAUAAAUCUACUGUUUGUUUGUUUGUUGUUUUUUUCAUGUUGGCAUUUUUCUAUGCAGAUGGCUUAAAUUGAAAGCAGACCCUAAUGAAAUCAAAGCAACCAGUGAGAUGCCUAAGAAGGAGUGCUUCAAUCCGUAAUUCUGUCAUCACUAGUGCCUCUGUGUUAGUAUACUUUGAUAACAGUAAAGAGACAGUUCUGAGUGUUGAUGCUAGUAACAUAAGCCUUUGUGCAGUGUUUAUGCAGGAGCACAGACCAGAUGCCUUCAGUUUAAAAAACUGCCUCGGAGAAGAUGUAGGCUAA